AUGGAGCAGCUGGACGACGUGGAGUGGCUGGUGGAGAGAAGCUUCGGGGAGGAAGCGGCGCGGCCCGAGGCGCUAUUUCAGAAGAAUGUGGAAGCUUCUUUUUCUAAAACAGUGCUGAGCCAAGGGAUGGAUAAUCGAUUUCUAGUCUUAGCCGUCAAUCCUGUGCAGAAUGAAGACGGGGAACUUGAAAAGCACCUGACAAUCACAGCUUCUCAGUCACUACAGAAUAAAGAAUUGUGCAUCCUGAGGAACAGCUGGUGCUCUGUACCAGUUGCUCCUGGGGACAUCAUCCAUUUGGAGGGAGACUGCACAUCUGAUACUUGGAUAAUAGAUGAAGAUUCGGGAUAUUUAAUUCUGUAUCCAGAUAUGUUUAUUUCUGGUACAAGCGUUGCCAGUAGUAUCCGAUGUAUGAGACGAGCUGUCUUGAGUGAAAUUUUCAGGAGCUCCGAUCUCGUCACACGCCAAAUGCUGGUUGGUACUGUUCUCCAUGAAGUUUUCCAAAAAGCCAUACGUGAUACCUUUGCGCUAGAAAAGCUACGACAACUUGCAUCUCAAACUCUUCAAGAAAUAAGACAUCUGAAGGAAAUGUAUCGCUUAAAUCUGAAUCAAGAUGAAAUAAAACAAGACAUAGAGGAAUACCUUCCGUCGUUUUCUAAAUGGGCUGACGACUUCAUGCACAAAGAGAGUGCAGCUGACUUUCCUCAGAUGAAGCUCUCUCUGCCAAGUGAUGGGAAUAACAGUAGCCCAGUAUGCAAUAUUGAAGUAGUAAACUCAUUGGAUAUUGAAGAAAGCAUUUGGUCUCCUAGGUUUGGAUUGAAGGGCAAAAUAGAUGUUACAGUUGGUGUGAAAAUACAUCGAGGAGGUAAAAUGAAAUAUAAGAUAAUGCCCCUGGAACUGAAAACUGGUAAAGAAUCAAACUCUAUUGAGCAUCGUAGUCAGCUUGUUCUGUACACGCUGCUAAGCCAAGAGCGAAGAGCUGACCCCGAGGCUGGCCUGCUCCUUUACCUCAAGACUGGCCAGCUGUACCCUGUGCCCGCCAAUCAUCUGGACAAGCGAGAAUUAUUAAAGCUCAGAAACCAGAUGGCAUUCUCUCUGUUUCACCGCCUUAGCAAAUCGGCUGCUGGGACGGAGAAGACAAAGCUUGCUGCGUUGCCACAGAUCAUUGAGGAGCAGCAGACCUGCAAAUACUGUUCGCAAGCGGGCAGCUGUGCUCUGUACAGCAGAGCAAUUGAACAGCAAAUGGAUGAUCUCUUGGUGCCUAUUGAGACGCUGCACAAAAUUGAAGAAGAAACCCAGCAUCUGAAGCUUAUUCACUUGGAAUAUUUCCACCGCUGGUGCCUGAUGUUAACCCUGGAAUCAAAAUCAAAGGACAUUAAAAAGAGUCAGCAAAAUAUUUGGCUAAUGCCUCCUUCAGCAUCGGAGGAGAGUGGCAGCUGCGUUGGAAACCUGCUAAGAACAGAACACGUCAAAGCGGUUUGUGAUGGACAGUAUUUACAUACGUUUCGCCGUGAAAAUGGUGCCAUGCCUGCCACAAACCUGAUGGCCGGUGACAGAGUUAUUUUAAGUGGAGAAGCAAGGACGCUGUUUGCUUUGUCACGGGGAUAUGUGAAGGAGAUUAAUGCCACAGGAGUAACCUGCUUGUUAGACAGGAACUUGUCAGUAUUUCCAGAAUCAACUUUGUUCAGAAUGGACCAAGAAGAAAAGAAUUGUGAUAUAAAUACGCCAUUAGGAAAUCUUUCUAAACUGAUGGAAAAUACUGCUGUGAGCCAAAAGCUUCGAGAGUUAAUCAUUGACUUUCACGAACCCCAGUUUAUAUGCUACCUCAGUUCUGUUCUUCCACAUGACGCAAAGGACACUGUUGCCUGCAUUCUCAGGGGUUUGAAUAAACCUCAGAGGCAAGCCAUGAAAAAGGUCCUUCUUUCAAAAGAUUACACACUCAUCGUGGGCAUGCCUGGCACGGGAAAAACGACGACAAUAUGUACUCUUGUAAGAAUUCUCUAUGCCUGUGGUUUUAGUGUCUUGCUGACCAGCUAUACACACUCAGCUGUUGACAAUAUUCUCUUGAAGUUAGCCAAGUUUAAAAUCGGAUUUUUGCGCUUGGGCCAGACGCAGAAAGUUCACCCAGAUAUCCAGAAGUUUACAGAGGAGGAAAUUUACAGAACCAAGUCCAUUAAGUCCUUAGCUCACCUGGAAGAGCUCUACAACAGUCAACUUAUAGUCGCAACGACAUGUAUGGGAAUAAACCACCCAAUAUUUUCUCGUAAAACUUUCGAUUUUUGUAUUGUGGAUGAAGCGUCUCAGAUUAGCCAGCCCAUUUGCUUGGGGCCCCUCUUCUUUGCCCGGAGAUUCGUGCUGGUGGGGGAUCAUCAGCAGCUCCCUCCCCUUGUGCUGAACCGGGAGGCAAGAGAUCUCGGCAUGAGUGAAAGCUUAUUCAAAAGGCUGGAGAAGAAUAAAGACGCUGUUGUACAGUUAACUGUGCAGUACAGAAUGAACAGUAAGAUCAUGUCCUUAAGUAAUAAAUUGACAUAUGAGGGGAAGCUGGAGUGUGGAUCAGACAAAGUAGCUAAUGCAGUGACAAACCUUCCUAACUUGAAGGAUGUGAAACUGGAACUGGAAUUUUAUGCUGAUUAUUCUGAAAACCCUUGGCUGGCUGGAGCAUUUGAGCCAAACAAUCCUGUUUGUUUUCUUAAUACAGAUAAGGUUCCAGCACCAGAACAAAUUGAAAAGGGAGGUGUGAGCAACAUAACAGAAGCCAAACUUGUAGUUUUCCUGACUUCAAUUUUUAUCAAGGCUGGAUGUAAUCCCUGUGAUAUUGGCAUCAUUGCACCAUACAGGAAGCAACUGAAGAUCAUCAAUGACUUAUUGGCACACUUGUCUCUUGGGAUGGUUGAAGUUAAUACAGUAGACAGAUACCAAGGAAGAGACAAAAGUAUUAUUCUGGUCUCUUUUGUUAGAAGUAAUAAAGAUGGAACUAUUGGUGAACUCUUGAAAGAUUGGCGACGUCUUAAUGUUGCUAUUACCAGAGCCAAACAUAAACUGAUCCUCCUGGGAUCUGUGUCUUCGCUCACCCGCUAUCCCCCUUUGGAGAAGCUUCUUCAUCAUCUGAACUCAGAAAAACUCAUCAUUGAUCUGCCACCAGGAGAACAAGAUAGUCUUUGUCACAUAUUGAGUGAUUCUCAAAGAAGUUAAUACCGUGUCAUCCUUGAGUUUCUCUACUAGUGUGGUGGUUCUUUUUUCUAUUGUCUAUUCAUAAUUUGGAUGUGCCAUAACUCUGCCUGAUUAGAAUGUGAAAGUAACUUUUAAUCAAAGGACAUGAUAUGAAGUAAGCACACUCUGUUAAGAGUUCAGGUUAUUUAUUUUUUAUUUAAUUAAGGUAUAUUCUUUUUGAAGUUCUUUAC